AUGAGGCAUCUGCUAAAGAAGAAUAUGCCUAAUGCGCUGGGUCAGGUCAACAAGACAUACAGAACACACCUCGACCUCAUAAAUACCGUCCGAUAUUAUGAAAUCUCCAACUUUCCAAAUCGGUACGCCGUGAUAACUGCAGCUAUGCCAGUCGUGAUUGGCGGUGCUGACCGAUUGAGUUGUGUGAAUUCACUUGGCCGAGACCAGGUGUGA